AUGGAAAACAUGUCCUUCACUGUCAACUUGGAGAUUAGUUUGGAUCCUUUUUUUAUCCCGUCUGGAACAAAAUAUCCAAUAUUUUUCAUUGGACUUUUUAUCUACCUUUUUUCUCUUUUCUGUAACCUUACACUGUUACUUCUUAUCAUAUUGCAGCGGAGCCUUCACAAGCCUAUGUAUUUCAUUCUGUUAAGCCUUCCUCUGAAUGAUCUAAUUGGAAUUACUGCUAUGUUCCCCAAGGUGUUGUCAGACAUUGUAACAGAAACCAACAAAGUCUACUACCCACUUUGCGUCCUUCAGGGCUUCCUGCUUCAUAUGUAUGGGGGUGGUGUUUUGUUUAUCCUGGCCGCUAUGGCCUUUGAUCGCUACGUAGCCAUCUGUCUCCCACUCCACUACAGCACCCUAAUGACACCCAGGGUUGUGGUGACUAUUAUAGCUUUAGUUUGGGGCCUGGACUUCAUUAUGAUUGUUUCACUUUUCUCCCUCCAGGACAAGCUUCCCAGAUGCAGAUCCAUCAUUCUGAACGUGUUUUGUGAUAAUCCCUCUCUACUGACACUUACUUGCGCCAAUACUAUGAUAAACAACAUAAUUGGUCUGUUCUACACAGCCGUCAUGCAAAUUAUAAGUGUUUCCAUUCAGGCAUUCUCAUACAUAAAGAUUCUGAUCACCUGUUUGGCCACAAGUCAUUCUGAAACAAAGGGCAAAGCCAUAAAUACUUGUGUGGCACAGCUGGUCAUUUUCCUCAUAUUUGAAGUUGUUGGGACUUUUAAAAUUCUCUCACAUAGAUUUACAUACAUCUCAACAGACCUGCAAAAGAUUAUGGGGAUGCUUAUUUUUAUAGUGUCUCCACUUCUGAAUCCUAUAGUUUAUGGCCUAAACACAAGUGAAGUGAGGAACUGUUUCCUAAGGGUAUUCCGCAGGAAGAUUUUUGUUUAG